CGAUACGUACCUUCGGGAAAGUAUGAUUCAAACUGAUUUAAGACUGCUCAUAUAUGAUAUGAUGCAUUUAUUUAAGCGUCACACGCUGUAGUGUUUACAUACAAUUCAGACAUUGUGUAUACAGGGAUUGGGACUUUAAAUAAAUUAAGCCGAUUAGAGAAUGACAGAUUGCAGUUGCCAGAGAAUUCUUACAGGUGUGGUCGCAGUGUUGUCAGUAGUGACCGUGGCUCUACUCGCUAUACUGAUUUGGAGAGAAACAAGGGAUGUUGACGAGAUAGAAAAGAUGAAACUUACGGCAGAAAAUCUCAUCAAAUCAUAUCCAAGUACCUUCAGAUCAGAGAAAGAACAAACGACAUUUCUUCAAAAAUACAUGGAAGGAAUAACAAAUAGGACUAUUGUUAGAAACAUAACAGAAUCUGUUCGAGGACCAUGUGCAUUUUCCUGUUUCGACAAUUCCACAACUGUCCCAGGACGUCGUCGUAGACAAGCGAAUCCGAGGGGCGUUUACCACGGAUGCUGCGUGUCUACAGUGAAGUUCGCCUUUCCGAAAAAGAAAACAAAUGUAUUCGGUGUAGAACGUGUUUUACUACAACUACAAGGAGCAAUGCAAUAUUUUGCAGAGCAUAGAUGCCAAAAAGUGAGUGGAUGCACUGGCUGUACAUGUUACAGGGAGAACAAUUUACACACAGCCGUUGUUUUAAAGACACAUAUUGGCAGUGUUGAUGACGCCGAAUAUAUAGACGACACUGAGACGGAUUUCUUCUUCUUUGACGGUUGCUGCAAGUGUAUUAACAACUAGCAUAUUGUAUUACCGGUUACUAAACGUAGCAUAGAUAUGGAUAGAUUGCUGUAAUUGUGUUAAAGAUCCUGAAACUCAAUUAUUCUGUGUUUUCAUAUCAUAAAUAUAAUGCUCAAAUGAAGAUUUAUCAAUAUUGUAAGUCCCAAAAAGCAUUAUUUAUAAGGAUAUUACCGAAUUUACAUUUCAUGUAACAAAGGGAGGUAACUAGAAAUAUAUUUUGUCAACAUUUUUCAAUAAGAAAUGAAUGCAUAAUUAUAUUUUAAUAAAUACAUAUAAUGUAGACAAAUAUUUGCAGUAUAUAUUUUACAUAUUCUUCAAUGUUUGAAAAUUGUUUUAGAAGCAUAAUUAUAUACGUAUAUA